GGUGAGCAAAUUUUAGAGCUUGCGAAAGGGAGGUAUGGCAAGAGAGAUGGAGGAGAUAGAUCAAUAAAAUGCGAUAUAGAUUCAAUAAAACGUGGUAUACAUUCUAUAUGGAUUGGGAUAACCAGUUUGUUCGUCAUCAUGAUUUUUUUUGGCCCGAUGCUUGUGGACCCUUUGUUCUUGUACGUUCCCAUCAUCAAUGAAAAUAUAAAGUGUCUCACAUUGGACGAAAAAUUAAAGAAGAUAGUUAUUGUUUUGAGAGCAUUUACAGAUCUCCCUUAUCUACUUAAAAUCAUCGAUCAUGUGCUGCGUCCGUGGUGCACAUUGAGCUUACUGGAAGAUUUCCUUGAUUUUGCGGAAUUGGGAAUCCCAGUCUCCCCAAUACAAAACAUUUUAGCUGUUCUUCCUAUUCCACAAGUAAGCCAAUUACUUUUAUGGAGUAAAUUAUUUUUCGUAAUCUCUUAAGUCGUAUAUUAGGAAUUAGGAUAAUUUGAUUUUGCUGAUUUUGUCACACAACACUUAAGUUUAACUAAUUUGUGUACAGAUCGUAAUUCUAAUUUUCCUUCCGACAACGAGGAACUCAAAAUCUUUGAAUAUAAUGAAGUUUUUGAACUCACUUUUUGUAUUGCAAUAUGUUGCACGAGCUUAUCCAAUGUAUAGACUAUGUACGGUCUUUAACAAGAAAGCACGUGAAACUAGCAAACAACUUGCAAAGUACAAGCGAAUAUGGAUUCCAGGUGUCUUAAAUUUCAUCAUGUACAUCCUUGCUAGCCAUGUAAGUUAUUGUCUUGUCUUAGUUUAUUUUAACUGCUCCCUAAAGUUGCUUGUAAAUAUCGUUGAGUUACAAAUGUAGUUCUUGGUUUGUUAGGUCCUUGGGGCAUUUUGGUACUUUUUUUCUGUUCAGCGAGAGAUAGAUUGUUGGAUCUCUACUUGUCGAAGUGAAAAUGGAUGCAACUUAAGUACUUUACAAUGUGAUAAUACUACGUUCAGAAACGUUACAGUUCUAAAUGAUUUAUGUCCAACAAAUCCACCAAAUCCAAUAGCAUACGAUUUUGGCAUAUUCGUUGACACUCUCCAGUCUGGCAUAUUGGGAACAACAAAUUUUCCUCAAAAACUCUUGAUGUGUUUCUCAUGGGGAUUUCGAAAUCUAAGUUCUUUUGCUUCAAACCUCAACUCUAGUACCUAUGCAUGGGAAAGCGUCUUUGUAAUUUUUAUUUCGAUCAGUGGCCUGGUACUAUUCAUGUAUCUGCUUGGACAUGUGCAGACAUUUAUGCAGGCAAUUAGCAAAACAUCUCAGAUACGGCAGAGGGUGGGAGUCAUAUUUCCACAAAUAGGGUUCAUGGUAUCUGAAUAUGGUCUUAAAGAGGGGGUAGAAUAUGCGAUUUGGAAAUUGGUAAGAGAAGCACUUGAAGAGGACGAAGAUAAACCUGCGGAGAAUAUCUUCUCGUUACUUCCUUUGGAACUUAAGGAACAUAUGAAGCGGCAUCUCUUCUUGGCUACACUACGGAAAUUGCCAGGGCUUGAAAACAAAGACAGACGAGUGUUGGAUGAAAUUAUGAAGAAUCUUGAGCCAGUUAACUAUUCUGAUGGUAGCUAUAUUAUUCGAGAGGGGGAGCCACUGGAUAGGAUGCUCUUCAUCACGCAGGGCAUUGCACUUGCUUACAAGACUAGUACUACACAUCUUGAGAAAGGUGAUGUUUAUGGGAAAGAACUUAUAGGUUGGGCGGCGACAUCUACCCCAUUUUCCGGCUUACCUAUCUCAGACCAAACUGUCAAGUCCCACGAAAAAGUUGAAGUCUUUGCAAUCAGGGCUGCAACAUUAAAACGUAUUGUCUCUGACUUCUCGACGCAUUUCAACAGAGAGGAUAUUAUUAUGGUGGAAAUAAACUGAUCAUGGAAUUUCAUAGGGAAUUUCUUAGUUAUCUGUAACUAGUAACUAUAUUUUUUACUCAAAAUAACUAUAUAUUCAGCUAUUCAACAUUAGCAAAACACAAGAAUACCUGUCAGGUUCAAUUGUACCACAAUUGUAAUAGAGAAAGCUCUUUAUGUGAUUUUCAA